CCUUCCCACUCCAUUCCUCGAGCUAACCUCACUUAGAGAUGAACCGUCGAUAGGUGAUGUCGAUGUGUUUAGUUACUUAAUGAAUAUGACUUAAACCGGGCGGCCUUAAUUGAUUUGUUCUCGUGCCUUUGAUAGUACUUAAGCCAUGGAUUCAAGUAAAAAAUACGACCGCCCAUCUCCCGAAGAGACAGCGAAUCCUCUUUCGAAACUGUUCUUUGCCUGGACGUUGCCGUUUUUCAAAUACGGCUACUCGAAUGACUUGCAACUCAAAGAUUUGUACAAUUGUGCUAAAUAUGACCUUUCGGGCAAGUUAGGAGAUGACAUCGAACGAAAUUGGCUUCUCGAAGUCAAAUCCUCGUUGAAAAACAAUAAAAAGCCCAGCUUGCUUCGAACCAUACGCCAGACUUUCAUAACUCCAUACUCACUCACGGGAGUCAUUCUCUGUUUGCAAUGUGCAGUAUUGAAAAUGUUUCAGCCUAUAGUAUUAGCAUGGUAUAUUAAUUAUUACGGGGUUAAUUACAAUGACCGGUCGUCCGGUACGGGGUGGGGCCUUGCCACUGGUGUUAUCCUAUUAGCGUUUGUCAACAUCAUGAUUAUCCAUCACUGUAAUUUGUAUUCGCAAAGAAUCGGAAUGCGGAGUCGGAUAGCCACAUGCUCACUCAUUUACAGAAAAUUACUCAGACUGAACCGGACCUCAUUGGGGCAAGUAGCAGUCGGAAAAUUAGUAAAUUUGCUAUCAAACGACGUACAAAGAUUCGAUAUUACUUCAACUUUCCUCCAUUAUAUUUGGAUCAUGCCUAUACAAGCAAUCAUUGCCUUUUACGUAAUGUACCGAAGUGUCGGGCUUGCCGCCCUGUCCGGCCUCGGUGCUAUAACCCUCCAAGCCGUCUUCUUGCAAGGCUACUUGAGCCGACUUCAGGGGAUUUACCGAAUGCAAAUAGCACAAAAAACCGACAAUCGAGUCAAACUCAUGAACGAGAUAACAGCCGGCAUACAAGUCAUCAAAAUGUACGCUUGGGAAAAACCCUUCGAAAAAGUCGUAGCCUUAGCCAGAAAAUACGAAAUCAACAUCGUGGCCAAAACCUCCUACAUUCGGGGUUUUUCAAUCGCGUUGAUGGUCUUCACAGAACGCACAGCUUCGUACUUAACCCUCAUCACUUUCGUACUUAUGGGCAACGUAUUGAGCGCAGAUGUGGUUUUUUCCGUUGCCCAACUUUUCAACACCGUUCAACUCUACAUGUGUAUAUUAUAUCCUCUGGGCAUUUCGACUUUUGCCGAAGCCAAAACUUCAGUCAAGCGAAUUGAGGAGUUCCUGCUCCUUGAAGAGAAUGAAACUGGGGCCGACUUAUCGGUAACACAAUCCGAAAAAAAUGGUUCUAUCAGACUAGAUAAAGUAAACGCCAGUUGGACUCCUAACCCCAUUGUGCACACUCUCAUGGAUCUGAAUAUCGAGAUCAAUCCUGGGACUUUAUGCUGCGUUGUAGGGCCGGUAGGUGCGGGCAAAAGCUCACUUUUGCAACUCCUCCUCAAGGAAUUACCGGCGAACUCAGGUCGCGUUAGUCUCACCGGAAAUAUAUCCUAUGCCUCGCAAGAGCCUUGGCUUUUCGUGUCCUCGGUCCGUAAUAACAUUCUUUUCGGACAACAAUACUUGAAAAACCGCUACAAGGACGUGGUCAAAGUUUGUGCUUUAGAAACCGAUUUCGAACAAUUUCCACACGGCGAUAAGACUCUAGUAGGUGAGAGGGGAACCUCCCUUAGUGGAGGCCAAAGAGCGAGGGUUAAUUUAGCCAGAGCUGUGUACAGAGACGCCGAUAUUUACCUCUUCGAUGACCCCCUCUCCGCCGUGGAUGCCCAUGUGGGCAAACACUUGUUCAACGAAUGCAUCGUGAAGUAUUUAAAAGACAAAACUCGAGUUUUGGUAACGCACCAAUUGCAGUUUUUGCGACAAGCUGACCUCAUCAUAGUUUUAAACAAUGGUCAAGUUGAGAAAAUCGGAACUUUUGCCGAACUUUCCGAAAAUGAACUGAACAAUCUAAAGUUGGAGCAACCUGAGGAAGUUGCCACCAAAGAACAAGAAAUGCAACAAAGACAGAGACUUAUGUCCAUUGCGUCACACAAUAGCACAGUUCCUGACGACGAUGACGAAAUUGAAGCACAGGAGACGGAAGAGUUGAUGGAAAAGGGCGCAAUCCCGACUUCCACUUACUUGGAUUAUUACAGAUCGGGCGGAAGUAUUGCAGUUUUGUUGUUUUUGGUCGUUUUAUUGAUUAUAGCACAGGCUAGUUGUAAUGCUUCCGAUCUUUGGUUGACUUAUUGGACAAAUUUGGAGCAAAAAUCACCGGCAAUUGUAAACGGAGAUUCAAACACCACAGAAAUGCCAUUUUCUGGUACUAAUGACACAAAUACAGAACCGCCAACUGAACUAAACACAACAGAAAUAAUAUCUACAGCACUACCACCAGUAUUUAAUUUGACAGAUCCAAACGAACCCCUCUCCCGAGCUACCUAUAUCUGGGUCUACUCGAUCCUUAUCCUCUUCUCCAUUAUUCUGACAACAAGCCGCUCACUCCUCUUCUUUAAAAUCUGUAUGAACGCAUCCAGACGUCUCCAUAACCUAAUGUUCAGUAAUGUUCUCCAAGCCCCGAUGCGAUUUUUCGAUACUAAUCCCUCUGGUCGUAUCUUAAACCGGUUCUCCAAAGACAUGGGGGCCAUGGAUGAACUCCUACCUCGCGCUACAAUUGAAGCGAUUCAAAUCUUUUUGGUCAUGUCGGGGAUUCUAUUAAUGGUUUUUAUUGUAACUCCGUGGAUGAUUGCUGUUGCUGUAGUUCUGGGUGGUCUGUUUUACUGGUUCAGAGUUAUCUAUCUCGCGACAGCACAAGAUGUUAAAAGACUGGAAGGAAUAACAAGAGCGCCGGUUUUCUCUCACGUGUCUGCUUCUUUGUACGGCCUUCCGACAAUAAGGGCAGCAAGUGCACAAAACAUGAUAAUAAAAGAAUUUGACUUAUUACAAGACCAACACACAGGGAGUUGGUUCAUGUUUAUUGCUUCCAGUGAGGCAUUCGGACUUUACCUCGAUAUAAUCAGUACAGUGUUUUUGGCAAUUGUGACGUAUCAGUUUCUUAUUUUUGACGAUGGAACAACCAAACGUGGAAACGUAGGUCUAGUCAUUUCUCAAAGCCUGAUUCUAACGGGGAUGUUACAAUACGGCGUCCGGCAAACAGCGGAAGUUGCCAGUAACAUGACUAGCGUUGAACGUAUUUUGCAAUACACUAAACUGGAUAAAGAAGGUCCUUUUGAAUCAUUACCCACUAAAAAACCAAGUCGGGAUUGGCCACAACAAGGCCGUGUCGUCUUCAAAAACGUGUAUCUGCGGUACAUCCCUAACGAUCCCCCAGUUUUGAAAAACCUCAGUUUCGAAAUACAACCAGGGGAAAAAGUCGGUAUCGUGGGGCGCACCGGCGCUGGCAAGUCAUCGUUAAUAUCCGCCCUUUUUCGCCUUACGAAAAUCGAAGGAGCCAUUGAAAUCGAUGGAGUCAACACUCAAUUCAUCGGUUUGAAUGACCUAAGGUCCAACAUUUCAAUCAUUCCUCAGGAGCCAGUUCUCUUCUCGAAUACAGUACGCUACAAUCUUGACCCAUUUGAAAAAUGUGAUGACAAGACUUUAUGGAAGGCUUUAGAAAACGUCGAACUCAAAAAUGCCAUAGACAGCUUAGACCAAAGAGUGAGCGAGGGAGGUUCCAAUUUUAGUGCCGGCCAACGCCAGCUUGUCUGUCUUGCCAGAGCUAUAGUCAGGAAUAACAAAGUGCUGGUUCUGGAUGAAGCAACCGCUAAUGUUGAUCCGGCAACUGAUGCUCUGAUCCAAACCAGUAUACGUAAAAAUUUCAAAGAGUGUACAGUCCUAACUAUAGCACAUCGAUUGAAUACUAUAAUGGACUCGGACAAGGUUUUGGUGAUGGAUGCAGGAGAAGCGGUGGAGUUUGACCACCCACACCGGCUUUUACAAAAUCAGGAAGGUCGUUUUAGUCGCAUGCUUCGCGAAACGGGGAAAAAUUUAGAGACCCAGCUGAAAGAAGUUGCAAAAAAUGACUACGAGAACAAAUUCGGACCAAUAAGUACCAGUGAUGAACAAAAUGAUAAUAAGGAAGAAUAGAAGAUUUAUUUUUUUAAAACUUAAUAAAUAAUUGAGACGCUUUAAACUACUUAAAGAAUGUUACUUAACAUUGAGAUUCUAACAGUGUAUUUAUUUUGAGUUUUUUGUUGAUUUUUAUCAAAUAUAUUACAUAUAUUUUAUAUCAA